AUGUCAUUACAAAAUUUUGUUGAUCCACCCAUGCAACAUUCCUCGGUGAUCAAAAAUGACUUCUCCUUGGUAGUAAAAGAUUCCGAUGACCAUUGGAUUGUAGACUUCCUUAAUCUAUAUGGAUAUCAUGUCCAAAAAUCUUCUUCGGCAGAGUCUUCAAAAUUCUCUAUCGUUACCCCGAAAGUUGUGCGUGACAUUAUCCGAAAUAAGGAAUUACAUCUUCCUCCAACUUGUCACUCCUUGGCUGAUAGAAAUGCUUACAUCAUUCUCCUAUUAAGAUUUGUCCUUCGUGAUCGUGCCUUCACGGAAUUAACUGGUGUACCCCUUGUUCCUGUUAACUGCAUCUCUUAUUCCGCUUUCGGUACUCAACAAUAUUAUUUGGCUCUCCCUUCGGAUUUACAAUUCUUUCCAACUGUUGGUUGCUUUGUCUUGAUCACCGUAGAAUUACCCGAUGACGUUAAAUCUAUUUUUGAAUCAGCAGAAUUUCAGUCCGUGAACAAGAUUAAAAAAUUGGAUCUCAAUGGUUUUUACUGCCUUUUUCGUCAUGAACUUCCUCAUGCUCCAAUUCGUGACUGGGAUCCUGAUACAACUACCUCUUUUCUCAAUAAACGUUGGCUUGAAAAUUUUUGGGAAAGAAUUUCUCAAUUUGAUGUUCAAGAUUUAAAAUUGCUUGGAAAUUAUCCUCUCAUUCCUAUAAUUACUUCUACUUAUAAUAAUUAUCAUAUUUAUGAACUCAUUUCUGUAAAGAAUGAUCCUCCUAUAUUGAGAUUUCCCAAGAGAAAAGAUGAUGUAAUAGAUGUCUUGAGAAAACUUGGUGUUCUUUUCACCGAAGAUUAUCGGAUAGAUAUUACGAAAAAAUUUAUUUGGGAUUGGAAUCCUUCAAUGGUCGUUAAGGCUAUCGAUAAAUCUCGUUCUAUCAAUAAAACUAAUAUUUUACGUCAAUUCCCUAUUUGGCCUACUUAUUCCGCUGAUGGUAGUUACAUCGCUGCUUAUUGCGGUUGUCUGGUUCCGCACGGUCUUCCAUAUUUCCAAGUUAAUUUGUCAAGUUCAAAGACUAAUUAUAUUAAUUAUAAGAAUCCUGAUGAAAAAAUUUUAUUGAAAAGAUUAGAUGUUGUCGAAUCCAGUUAUAUUCAUUAUCUAUUUUGUAUUUUCAAGAACCUUGACUUUGUUCGACCUGAUGACCCUGAAUAUUUGGAAUUUUUAAAAGAAUUCUUACGUCUUCCUACUCAAUUACAUCCAAAUUGGUUGUCUGAAUAUCGUUUCAUUCCUAAUAGUACAAAAUCUGAAUUGAGGCUUGCUAGAGAACUUUACGAUGAUAGAGUUCUUCUGUUCACUACUGUUUUUGCUGGUUCUGAUGUGUUUAUUGCUCCUGAACUUCGUUGUGGUUGGUUAUCCAAAGGUCUAGUCGGUUUGGGCUUUCAUGAUAAAGUUGAUGAUGACACUUUCAUAAGAUUGGCUUCUGAAAUUCAUCAUUUAUAUAAUUCUCCUUCUCCUCCUUCCGAUUUAUUCGAUCGUGCUAGAAUGUUAGUUCUUCACUUUUAUUAUAAUGUUGAUGAUCUUAAUUUCACUUGUAAUAGAUGGGAUGUUCUCAAAUCAAUUAAUUUUAUCCCAUCAAAGCCUGUGGAUUAUCCUUAUCUUGAAACUGCAAAAUUCAAGACUCCUAAACUUUGUUCUUUAAAUUCUCUUCGUCUACCUAAACACAUGAAAUUAUGUUGGACUCAAUGCGCUUUUUACGAUGAUCCUGUAAUUCCUCCUGAAAGUGUAUUGAAUAUUCAUAGUGAUCUUGGCGAAUUAUUCUUUCAUGACGUAAUGGAUCAACUCGUUGCUAUUAAGGAAAAUAUUGUUGAUAAGCAAUCUGAUGAAUGGAAAGGACAUGGUGCUCCUGAACUUCUUUUUACUAUUAUUAAUGGACUUUAUGAAUGGUUAGAAGAUAAUUUGCUAUUAAUGAAACGUAUAGGUGAAAUUGGUGAACAAUGGUUCAUUGGAGACCUAAAAUUAAGUCUUCAAAAAAAUUCUACAAUAUUUCUUAAUGGAAAUGACCCUUUCGAUUUGGAAAAUUGGACUUCUGCAACGAAUUUAGUCUUAAACAUAGAUAUCGAUGUAGAUUGUCACAAGAAAGCUGCAAAUAAAAAUCUCGCUCCAUAUGGUAAUUUAUUACAAUUAUGUGGAGCCUAUAAUUUUAAUCCGGCAACUCCUAUGAAUUUCGAUGUUCCACAUACAACAUUACGAAGGGACAAUAUUGUUAACAAAUUGUGUAGAUAUCUUAAUUUUACUCAAAAUUCUCCAAAUUCUAACCGUUUAAUCGCUGGCCUGGAACGAUUCCACGAUAUUUUUUUCAACAUCCGUGGUGAAUUAAUAGGUACAUCUCGAUUUUUACUUGCUGCAACUUGUCCUCAUUUUGAAAGAGCAUUUUGCGCUGGUACUUUGGAAUCUAAACUUGGGGAACAUGUAUUUCUUCCUCGCGUUGAUGAUAUACACCCGGAUGCAUUUCGUGUACUUCUUAAAUACUUGUACGGAAAAGACCUUAAUGAUAUCAUGAGUGAAAUUAGAUAUGAGCCAGGUCCAGAUGAAGAUGAAAUAUCUUUUUAUUUCAAUCGUUACAUUGAAUUGCUGAAAUAUGCUCAAUUAUAUGAGCUUAACGAUCUUGCACUAUCAGUUCAAUAUCAAAUAAUUCAAGAUCGUUUGGUCCUACCACAAAAUAUUGUUGAGAUAUGGGAAUGGUGUCAGAAUACAGAAAUUACUGCUCCAUAUCUAGCUGAAUAUUGCGAAAAGUGUAUAAAGGAUAAUACGGAAUUAUUAUUUGAUCUACGAAUUCAUGAUAUUGAACAAGAAAUUCCAGAUAAGAAGCAACGCGCAGCGGCUAUUUUAGAAUUGGAGGGGAAGUUUUGGAAGUGGCGUGAACUCAAUUUGUUAAAAGAUAUGUCGCCUCCAAUAUAUUAUGAUGAAGAUCCUCCGAUAACUUUUGAUAAUGAAUCCGGUUGGGGAAGAGAGUGUAGUUCUGCUCUUGAAUGGAUAUGA